AUGAAGGCCCUGUAUCAGGCUGCUGGUUGGAUUCUCGUUACUCUGGGGAGUCUCAGCGUAUUCUCUGGAGUUAUUGCGUUUUUCCCUGUUUUUUCUCACAAGCUCUGGUUCACUGGAUGGAGUGUCCAUAUUGCUUGUCCCAUCUGGAACGGAGCUUUGGCCAUCACAGCUGGUGUGCUUGUACUGUCGGCUUACAAAGAGUGGACCCACAGACACCUGUGGGAAGCUAGCUUCACUUUUGUGAUUCUGAGCAUUAUGGGAUGUCCACUUCAUUUUGCAGUAGCCUUGGAAUCUGCUCUCCUUGGUCCAUAUUGCUUCUAUUCAUUUUCAGGGAUCGCGGGGACCAAUUAUCUUGGUUAUGCCAUUGCCUUUCCUUUUCCAUAUGCGAAAUUCCCAUCUGUUUGCUUGGACCCCCUUCACUAUGAAGAGUUCCACCUGACGCUUCAAGUCCUUGACUUGUGUCUGAGCUUUGCCCUGCUCUGUGCGUCUCUGACAGUGUUCAUCAAGCUUUCUGCAAGACUAAUCCAGCAUGGACACAUAAAUGUAAGUUUCAGCAAAGGGGAACCUGGUGCUUAUUCAGUCCUGAAUGGUAAAACMGAAGGUCUGGUAUAG